AUGGACAACUUUUACGGCUACAGGGAUCCGGUUCAGGUACACCGGAGCAAACGAAACAAAGACCAAGUCGGCGGGGCGCACAACUCGGACAGCUGGAACGUUAACAACCCAUCCAAACGUCAAACUCCAAUUUACACGAGUCAGAAUCGAGCAAACUUGCCGCCGCAGCCUUACACUUGCCAGCAACAAACGCUGAAGCAAGAAAUUUCUCCGAUAACUACUUUUCAACAGUCUCCGCUCGACACAAGUUGCUUCCAGCUCCUCAACGGUUUUCCGAAUGACUUCAUCAGGAUUGGACAACCUUCUAUUGACCUCAAACGUCGGUUGAUCACUCUGACUAAGCAACACGACAUGGAUUCCGAACGCGUGCUCUUCCAGUGCGGCGAGAAUCAGUUCCACGAGAUCUCGAUCAAGCAGGAAAACUACUGCUUGGAUGGCGACGGUUUCGGCGAGCCGGGUUGCUCCUUCGAUGGGCUGCCUAUCAGCGGGCUGACGCUGCACCGCGCCGCCUCGGAGAAAAUCCAGAGCGAGCACAAAUUGAAAGAGUUCCAAUUCAAGAACUGGUUCAUCUCCAUCGUCAAUCAUGUCCAAGACGGCACCGCCAGCAGCGAAAGAAGGAGAAACCAAGAUGGAGAUAUUUACUCAGACAGCCAGUUGGAAGAAAUCGCGCAGGCAAUCAGAACGCGGCUCAGAAGAGUCGACAUUUCAAAAGGCGGCGCGGAGGACAAGUUCAAAGAGCUCUGCGAGAAAAUCGUCGAUGUUGUCAACACAAAAGACAUGUUCGAAAAGGAGGAAAAAAUUGAUCUUCUUCGGAAACAACCCUGCAUAAGAAUUGAUGCGAAAACGAAGGACGGACGAGUGCAAAUUCCUCGGUGGACACGUGACAAGAUCAGCGACCAGUGGAAAGAAAAGAAGGUCUAUUUGAAGCGCGAGAUCUACGUCCUCUUCCACCCAGAAGACAUCCACACCAACCACCUGAAGCACAACCAGAUCUACAACAAGUACUGCUCCUCGCCGAGCGAAGGCAACGGGCCGCACAAUCUCUGCGUCAACGCGCUGCACUACGACAAGGUCAUCGACGAGUCGUCUUUUUGCGAAAGGCUGCGGCACUGGGCUUUGAAGGAUUCACGCCCGGUCGCGACUGAAGAUGGCUUCUUGACGAAUCGGAUCGACAACGAUGCCUGGGACAAGAAAUUCCAGAAAUGGGUCAAGGACCUCACCAAAUUUCUUCGCAACGACCGUUAUUCCUCCCCAGAUGAGUUCCUCAGAUUGGUGGAAAACUACUCCGACAAUCUGGUGAAUUUCAAGUUUCAAAAUCUGUGUCUGGGCAAAACAGAGCCUGGAGGAAAAGAGAACUCAUCCGAAUCUUUACGUCGCAGAAGUCCCUCCGAUCCGUGCUGCCUACUCAAGCACAAGACAACGCGCGACUACGAUACCAAAAUUAAAGAAAUUCUGCGCGGAAUUCUAAGGUACGUUCGCCACGAACCCAAUAUCGCCCCCGACCUGGACCCUCGAGACCUGUGGCAGUGUGCCGCGCGCAACCGAGGCGUCUACUGUAUAAAUCCACAUCACUGUAAUUACGAACCCAAUAGAAAAACGAACCCAAUGACAGAUAGACUUAUCAGCCCUCCUACCCACCCCAGUAACCAAAAUGCGCUGAAACAAUGCUUGGAACUGCCCUCUUUCUCGCACGAGCAAUGGUGCCACCUCUCCUUCAUCCGCUUCUACAAAGUCCAGAAUCAAAACGGCCAGAGCCAGCGCAGCCGACGCCUCCACGACGAAAUGAAGGGCUUCUGCGAAAUCGACAAAGGAAUCAAUGAUUUUCUCGUCUCCAGUAUCAAGGUUCGCCCGUACAACAUCGAUUUCUGGCCAAACGGCAAAAACAAGCUGGAAGGAAAGUGGUCGCUUAUCAACAAGGAAUUCGAAGACCUCGUCGCCUGCACCGAGCUCGUCCGAUCGGGCGACGAUAAUCACAAGCAAUGCAUCGCCAGAAGCCGUCUGCAAUCGCUGAACAACAUCAUCUGCUGUCACUCCUAUCGCGCAAACUAUUCCAGAAAAAACUUUUUCGAAACGUUCGCGAAUCUGAGCAAGUCGCGUCAAUUUGAUGUGGAAAUGCGAAUGAGCGCCCAACAACUCGAACGCUAUCAUAAUGCUUCUUUGCGAAGUGAAAAUGCUCCAAGAGAAUUGGAAUACUCAAUUUACGUACGAAAUACAGGCUCGAAGGAAAUUUACGUUUCCCUUCCAAAACAAUGGACGGAUGAUCAAUUGCCUCAGCCACCCUCGAAUAGUUUCUCCUGCGAGUCCUGCCGCGUUUUCCAACGACUUCAUCCGAAAGAAGUCAGCAAAGAGCUCGUUUAUUCACAAGAAGAGAAAAAAGAGUUGGAAAAUCUCGUCCGAAAGUUCUACGACGGGCAGAAAAGCCUGAGUGUUCACGAAAAGGAAGAAGCGUCCAGCGUGCUCAUCCUCCUCGAUUGGAACAAAAUGGGAGACAGGAACAUUCUUCAGGAAAAAAUGCAGCCGCUAGAUCCGACGAAUCCAAGUUGCGAGGGUCUUUUUUCCUUUACCGGCUCCUUCCACCAACUGGAGUACUUCCUGCUCCAGAACACCAAGACGCGCCAGUUCAUCGAAAAUCUCAAUCAGACAAACAGCAAAGUAACCACCAGCAACUGA